GCGGGAUUCCGGGUGCGGGCGUGUCAACAGCAGGGUUGAUCCCGGGUGCGGGCGUUGCUACAUGCAGCGGUAUCCCGGGUGCGGGCGAUGCAAGAGCAUGCGGGAUCCCGGGUGCGGGAGUUGCAAUAUCAGGCGGGAUUCCAGGUGCGGGCGUGUCACCAGCAGGGUUGUUCCCGGGUGCGGGAGUUGCAACUGCAAGCGGGAUCUUGGGUGCGGGAGUUGCAACAGCAGGCGGGAUCCCGGGUGCGGGAGAUACCAACGAAGGGGGGAUCCCGAGUGCCAGAGUUGCGACAUCAUGCGGGAUUUCGGGUGCGGGCGUGUCAACAACAGGGUUGCUCCCGGGUGAGGUAGUUGCAUCAGCAGGCGGGGUCCUAGGUGCGGGAGAUGCAUCAGCAGGCGGGGUCUUGGGUGCGGGAGAUGCAUCAGCAGGCGGGGUCCUAGGUGCGGGAGAUGCAUCACCAGGUAGGGUCCUGGGUGCGGGAGAUGCAUCAGCAGGCGGGAUAUCGGGUGCAGGAGUUGCAACCGCGGGGUUGCUCCCGUGUGCGGGAGCUGCAACUGCAUGCGGCAACCCGGGUGCGAUAGUUGCAAACGAAGGCGGGAUCGCUGGUGCUGAAGUUGCAAUAAUAGGCGGGAGCAAUGGUGCGGCAAAUGCAACAGUAGGGUUGCUCCAGGGUGCGGGAGUAUCAGCAGCAAGGGGGAUGCCGGUUGCGGGAGUGGCACCAGCAUUGGGCAACCCUACUGCCGAUGUAGCGACACCAGGGGGUUUCUGGGUGCACCCAGUCCCACAGAUCCGCGAGAAACCCUGCAGGGUCACCGACCCUCGGCGGUGA